CACAUCGAACGAUGUCGUACAUACUGGUAGUUAUUGAAAGUUGUACAACAAGAGGGUACACUUAGAGUUUUGAAAAUUUACUACUUACAGUGCACAUGAACUAUUCUCUUGUUUUUAGAAUUUUUAUUAUGGACGAGAAAUAUCGUCUCUGCUAGAACUCAUGUCGUUAUGUGAUGAAGAAAUGAAUAUCAGUCUACAUUUUACGUUCAGUAUGGAAACAUUAAAAUUCCUUACGUACCACAAUACCUCUCAUAACAAACAUCAUAACGCGUCAUUAUUAGGAAAAGAUUUCGAAUGGGCAGUGAAGUUAAAUCGAUAUAGCUUAAAAUUAAUCGGACUUUGGCCUAAACCUGAACAAACAACAUGGGAGAAGCGUAUGUGCAAUUUACGUGCGCUUUUCGUUUUCAUAGUGAUGUUAUUCGUUGUUGAGAUUCCUGCAAUACAUUCUUUGAUAAGAAUCCGUUCCGACAUUUUAUUACUGACAGAUAACUUGCAGUAUACUUUACCAGCCACCACCUGUGUCUUAAGAUUUCCAAUUUUUUGGUGGAAGAAAAAAGCUGUUACAGCGAUAGUAAAUAUGAUGGCGGACGAUUGGUUAAAGGCGAAAACAUUUCAGGAAGAAACAGCCAUGGUCGCAAGGGCGCAAAUUGCGCGCACUAUUAUAAAAAUUGGGUACGGCUUAAUGGGAAUGAGCGCGAUUGUUGUAAUAAUUUUACCUGUAUUUGGCUACUCAAUGAGAUACCGCACUAAUAUCACUGAUCUGGAGAGACCAUUUCCAAUACAGACAUAUUAUAUCUACGACACGACUAAAAGUCCACAAUACGAACUAACAUACACUAUUCAAAGUAUUGCCCUUGUCUUGACUGUCAUGUGCUAUUCAGGCGUUGACAAUUUUCUUAGUCUUUCGGUAUUUCAUAUUUCUGGUCAGCUGGACAUUCUGAGAAAUCGUCUUAUGCAUUUACAUAAUGUCACGAAUUACAAUGACGUUUUAAAGAAUUGUGUGACAGAACACAUCCGGCUAUUUAGAGCUAUUGAUCAUGUAGAAGAUAUAUUCAACAUAAUAUUGAUGAUAUUAUUUCUAUAUUUCGGUAUUCUUUUCGCUUCCUAUGGUUUUUGGGUAAUAAAUAUGCUCGAAAGUGAUCAACAUUUUACAAUCUUUCACAUUAUAUAUAUUGUAAGCAUCUUUACCAAUACGUUUGGUCACAUGUGCAUUUAUUGUGCUGUUGGCGAAGUGUUAACAUCUCAGUGUGAUCAAAUUCAUCAUGCUGUAUAUUUCAAUGAAUGGUAUACUAUGGAUCCAAGAAAAACUUUGAACUUAAUUCUUUUAAUGAUAAGAUCCAGUAAGCCUCUUUAUCUUAAUAUUGGUAAAGUGUUUCCGUUGACAAUGGCUACAUUUUGUAACCUAUUGAAAACGUCAGCCGGUUACUUAUCCGUAUUACUUACAACAAGAAAUCAAUCGAAAAUGUGAAAUAAAUACAAAUAAUGCUUGAUUUGAUAUUAGUACGUCAUAUGAAAGAUUUGGCUAGAGUUGGUCAAAUAAUUUGAAUUUUAUAAUAUAAAAUUGAAAACUUUACGUGAUAUAAUUGUA